GUAAUUAAUAAGUUUAUAUCUCUUUCUUUCAACGCUGAAUCAGAGUGGAAGAGAAAAAUUCGUGGUCGACGGAAGAUCACACAGUUCAAUGUUCUCCACUAGAAUAAGACACAAGAAAGGAGCUCGUUGCAUCUCUUUCACUGCGAUUGUUGCUCGUCCGGUUCCUCUCGCAGCCUCUGAUUUAUCAUUUUAACCAGGGGAAAUAUGGAGGAGGCACCAUCCAAGCCAUCUUUUCCGGUGGCAGACUGGGUUUCUAAGGUUAAGGCUAUGGCAUGGGAAGCAUACAAAAGGAAGCCAAUAUCUCAUUGGAUACUUCUGGUUUUCAGUAGUGGAGCAAUGCUUGUAGCAUUUCCUGCUUCAAGCCUCCUAUCCCGUGUUUAUUUUGCUGAUGGGGGCACAAGCAAAUGGAUCAUUUCAUGGGUGGCUGUUGCUGGCUGGCCUUUAACUGCUCUAAUACUAUUUCUUACAUACUUGUUUCGCAAAACUCUUCCAACUCCUCUAACCUUUAAACUCAUCCUUUCUUAUCUCCUCCUGGGUUUCCUAAGUGCUGCUGACAACCUUAUGUAUGCAUAUGCAUAUGCUUACCUCCCUGCAUCGACUGCUUCUCUUCUAGCAUCAUCCUCCUUGGUGUUUUCUGCUUUAUUUGGAUAUAUUAUUGUGAAGAACCAACUGAAUGCUUCUAUGCUUAAUGCUCUUGUAAUUAUAACAGCUGCCAUGACUAUAAUUGCACUAGAUUCUGACUCCGAUAGAUACAGUUAUGUCAGUAACAAGCAAUAUAUCAUGGGUUUUGUGUGGGAUAUCCUAGGAUCUGCACUCCACGGGCUCAUCUUUGCUCUUUCGGAGUUAGUUUUUGUCAAGUUACUUGGUAGAAGGUCGUUUCAUGUUGUUCUAGAGCAACAAGUUAUGGUAUCUUUCUUUGCCUUUGUAUUUACCACUAUUGGAGUCACAGUGAAUAGGGAUUUCCAUGGAAUGGUAUCUGAAGCUAAAACUUUUAAGGGCGGUAAAGCAUCAUACUACCAGGUUCUCAUCUGGGGUGCAAUUACAUUUCAGCUAGGUGUGCUGGGAGGCACCGGUGUCCUUUAUUUGUCUUCCACUGUGAUGGCAGGUGUCGUUAAUGCAGUGAGAGUGCCACUCACGAGCAUCGCUGCUGUCAUAUUGCUGCAUGAUCCGAUGAGCGGCUUCAAGAUCCUCUCCCUAAUUAUUACCUUUUGGGGAUUUGGUUCCUACAUCUAUGGCAGCUCUUCCGUUAGCAAGGCCACUCAUGAUAAUCUUCCUCCUCAGCGAAGUCUUCGAUUGAUUCUUAUUCCGGAAGAAACCAGAUUAUUCAAUUAUUUACUAGUAGCUAGACUGUUAUAGCUUCCUACUUAUGGUGUUUAUCGCAAAUGAUCGAACACAACAUGUUCACAGAUACACAGCUUUACUUUGGUUGCUGAAAAUUUUCAUGUUC